AUGAACUUACUUAAGCAAUGGGUCGCAAACUCAUCCGAGGCAGUCAACAUCCGUCUCGCGGUGCCCGGCAGUGGUGACGACGACGACGAGGAUGACAUUAUCGAAUUUAACCCAGAGUUCACGUAUCCCAUCUUCGGUGAACAGGAGCAGAUCUUUGGAUACAAGGACUUGAUGAUCAACCUCGAGUUUGCGUCAGGAUCUUUGGCGUCGUGCUUCAGCAUGGGAUACAAAGAGAAGAAACCUACAGCAGACAAGAUCUAUUCCACAAUGAAGGACUUCCUUCCUGACGACAUCAUCGACAAUCACGACCUUUUCACACAGAUUGCUCAGAGGGACUACAUCAGCUUCAAACCUAUGGGCACCAAAGUGUCAGAGUAUCGGUCCAAUGCAGAGGGAGCAGAAAACAGCGUGUUCGAGUUCUAUCAUUGCAAUUUCGACACGCCGAGAUUCUUGGAGUUUCACAAGAGGAUGCAGUGCUUUGCCAUCUUCUUCAUCGAAGGCGCGUCAAUUAUCGAGGACACGGAUGAGAAAUGGGAGGCUCGACUCUUGUUCGAGCGCGUGUCAGAGAACGGACAGGAGACCUACAACUUUGUUGGAUACAGCAAUAUGUACCCCUACUUCUACUACCCGGACCAAAUCCGCAUGCGCAUCAGUCAGUUCCUGAUCAUGCCACCGUACCAAAAGCAAGGACAUGGAAGCAGGCUGUACCAGUCGCUCUACAACGAUUUUUGCGGCCGAAAGGAGAUUCGGGAAAUGACAGUCGAGGACCCAAAUGAAGAGUUCAGUGAUUUGAGGGACAAGAACGACAUGAAGCAUUUGGAUGCCAAAGGCGUGUUCAACGAUCUGAAGGCACCCAUCAAAAAGGACAGGAUAGAGCAAGUCGCAGCGACAUACAAGUUGACAAAGCGGCAAGUGGCGCGUUGCUUUGAAUUGGCGCUGCUCAGGAAACUGGACAAGAGGAACCAGGCCCAGUACAGGGCGUUCAGACUGCAGGUGAAGGAACGGCUGUACAAGCACAAUGCUGAAGCAUUAGCAACACUGGAAAAGGAGGAUCGGAUCGAGAAGUUGCACGAAACGUUCCUGAGUGUGGAGGAGGACUAUCAUCUGUCAAGCGGAGCAGGCUCGUUUGUCCAAGGCUUGGGACCUGUUCCUGGGGACUUCUCCAGGGUUCUUUUCGCAGGAUGGGCUAGCUAUGUCACCGAGAGCAGACAGGGUCAAGCGACGAUGUAUGGAGAGUCCAGUGGCGCCGAAACAGAGCUUCUCCGUCUUUGCAGCUUAGCGACCAGCAACAGCAAGGAUGGCAAUGCUGAAGUAGACCUUCAGUCUACCUCCGAGGGAUCUGUGUGGUCCAAUAUGGCGCGCAAGCGACGACGAUCAGUCAACUGUUAUGGCUGGGAUGCCCUGCAGGGUUUCCUCUCACCAGACGGAUAUGUUGUCGCCUUGUGUUUGAACGAUAACACCACUGGGACUGCUGAACUAUACACUCCACGACAAGUGUAUGCAACCGCUAUGGAUGUAGCGUCCUGUGGAUCGUCGACCGAUUACUGCACCGUGGUGGUCGAUCGCCAGACUGGAGGACUAUAUCACUGGACGCUCUCCGAUCCAGUUCCCAAGGACUUUGGGAGCGAAACGACCAAGUUUUCACGGGUUUGGGCAGGAGAGGCACAUUUUCUCGCGCUAGAUGAAGGCGGGACAUUGUAUAGCUGGGGGUCAAGUCGACAUGGUCAAUUGGGGAAUGGCGAUCUGAUGUCGAAGACGAGUCCUGAGCCAGUUGAGCCGUUGGAGGGGAUCCGUAUUGUUGAUGCUGCCUGUGGCGCGUCCUUUAGUGUUGCACUGUCUGUUACAUAG